AUGGCAAGCCAGACAGAUGUUGUAUCCGAGUCUUCAGCCCCAGCCGGCGAGAUCGUCCAAAAGAAUGCUAAAAAGUUCAAGUUUAUCCCGCCACCAACAUUUUCCAACAAAGAAGAGGAGCGCAAGUACAAGCUUGGUAAACUUGCUGCCGCCUUCAGAAUCUUUGCCCAUCAUGGCUUUGAUGAGGGCGUAGCUGGUCAUUUGACACUAAGAGAUCCGAUUCUCACAGAUCACUUCUGGGUAAAUCCUUUCGGUCGAGCAUUUUCUCAAAUGACUGUUUCCGACCUGUUACUCAUCAAUCCUCAAGGUGAGAUUGUGAUGGGUGGUAAACCGGACCGCCAGGUUUACAACGAGGCAGCAUAUGCGAUCCACCAUGCCAUCCAUACCGCGCGCCCUGAUGUCGAGGCGGCUUGUCACAGCCAUAGUGUUUAUGGACGUGCAUUCUCUACGCUUGGUAUUGACCUUGACAUCACCACUCAGGAUGCCUGCGCCUUUUACAACGAUUUGGCGGUGUAUCGUGGCUUCGGCGGGGUUGUUUUGGCCUCUGAGGAGGGGGACAACAUUGCCAAGGCGCUUGGUCAAAAGAAGGCCGUGAUCUUGCAAAACCACGGUUUGUUGACCACAAGCACCAGCAUUGAAGCCGCGGUUUGGUGGUUUAUCUCACUCGAAAGUUUGUGCAGGAUUCAGCUUUUAGCUGAUGCAGCCGCUGGUGGGAGAGGGAUUCAAACCAUCAAAGCCGGUGACCAGGAAGCAAAAUUCACCUACCAAGCCGUGGGCUCUCACAUGGCAGGCUGGGCUCAGGCUCAACCCUACUUUGACCAGAUCCACGAGAAAACCGGGGGCGCGUACCUCCAAUAG